AUGGCUGAUGACCUUAGCAACGGUACUGAACACGUGUCUGUAUGCUUUCUGUGUCAGGACGACUUCCGGGACCCACGCCUUCUCGAAUGCUACCAUACUUUCUGUUUCAGGUGUAUUAAGACUUACAUCGACAUCAACAACCGCGGGGGUUUAUACAAAUGUCCUUUGUGUAAGGUAGAAAUGAAAGUUCCUCUGCUUGGAGCUAUGGGUCUGGAGAAAAAUUAUUACACCGAAUCUAAGAACUCAGAAUUGAAUUCAGGCAUCAAUUGUGAUAUUUGUCAGCAGAGGACGCCGACAAUGACCCAUUGUUACCAAUGUGACCAGGAUAUGUGUGAGUCGUGUGUGACCUAUCACGCCAAGGUCGAAUCCACCAAAGACCAUAAAGUAGGCGAUAUAGCCAAACCCGAUCGUCCUAGAGAUCGACGCAUUGUGCGCUGCUUCAUUCACAAGGCAGACAUGCAGUAUUAUUGUGAGGAAUGUAAGGAACUGAUUUGUCUGGACUGUAAUAUGACGUCACACAAACUUCACACAUCCAAAGAAGUAAGUGAGGCUGCUCUGACUUAUCGACAAGAACUGGCAGAUGAAUUAAUGAAAGAUGAGUAUAAAAGUCACUUAAAAGAACUGUCAGAAGGUAACAAGGAAAUACAAGCAGACAAAGAAAAAGCGAUAGCACUGCUUGAUAAACAAAAGAGAGAUCUUCAGAAAUACUUGGAAACGAUACGGCUCGAGCUCAUGCAGCAAUUUGUAGAUGAUGAUGAUGACACGGAAACUGAAAGUUCAAAAGAAGGUGAAAAUGAAGAAAAGAAGGACGAUAAACGACAAAACGAUGAAAAGUUCAAAUCGUUUGCAGAUGUUUAUUUCUUGGCGUCUCAAAUGAUAGAUCAAGCAGACGAUACAGUUAUUGUAGAACACGGUGCCAAAUUGCUAGAAAGUCUUCGAACAAUGAAGAAAUCGGGCGAAAAAUCGAAAGACGUGCAAAAGAGAAACAUGUCUUUUCAACCAGGAACCCUGAACAAAGAGCUUUUGAGAAGAAUGUUUGGAAAGUUAGUCUUUAAAUAA